AUGACGACAAAUGAGCGACAAAUCAACGUCGCGCGCAGCUCGCACAACGUCGUGGAGAAUGAGUUCGACUCGAUGCGCGACCGCUUCGAAAACGAAAUGCAUCGGGUGGAGGCGGAGAUGCAGCGGCUGCGCCACGAAUUCGAGGGCUACAAGCCGAACAGGCCCUACAGCCAGGCCUCGAACGGAGCGCCACCGCCAGUGGAUCGGUAUAACACCACCACCAGCAGUGCUAGUAAGUGUUAGUGUGUAAAGGGUAUAAUAAUAACAUGAUAUGACUAGCUAUAGCCAUGUACAGCAUUCCAAACUUUUUUCGCCGCCGAUCGGUGUCCAAAAAAAUGAAAAACAUGGCCAUGUACCGGUCAAAUAAGGUGUGAUAUAGUGAAAUCCCCUCAUAAUUUUCGUUAUAAAAAUUCUCAAAAUUCGGUAGUCAGAUAUCCUUCAAACCCUGCGGGCAAAACUUAUCUAGUCCUCAAAACACUGUCUGAAAAUUUUAGCUUGCCCUUUGCAGGAGCCGCCGAGAUAUUCAACCAUCUCUCAAGCUAAAACCAUUUUUGAUGAAAUCAUUUUUUGAAGAAGUUAUAGUGGAAAUUUUGGGGAUGCACGCUCAAAUUUUCCUCAAAUUUAAUUGCGAAACAUCUAUCAAAGGGGAAUAUCAAUUCCUGAAAGUUUUACCUCACGGUUUCCAAGCACAGCCGAUAUAUUCAACGAUCUUUCGAGCCAAGAUACUAUGGAAAAUGAGGUGAGAUGGCUCGAGAAAAAAGGUUCUUGUGGAGUCAGUUCGUUGAAAUCUAUAAUCAACAGACUGAAAAUUCUUUUUUCUCUGGUCUUCUUUCCUAAUUUUCCAUAGUCUCUCGCUGGAAAAGAUCGCUGAAUACCUCGGCUAUGCCUUGAAACUGCGAGCUAAAAAUUACAGGAAUUGAAAUGCCGCUUUGUUAGAUCUUUCGCAGAAAAAUAGAGGAGAAUUUGAGCGUGGCAUGACCAUAAUUUCCACUGGAAUUUCUUUAACAAAAAAUAAUUUUACCAAAAGUUUUUACAUUUUUAAUUUGUCAAAUGGAAUUCUAUAUAACAUUUCAAAUUGCCAGUAGACUGUAAUCACUCCCCGAAUCUCAUAACCAUUCGUUUUUUCGCAGCAAAUCGCUUCAAAAACUAUGCGGGAUCAAAAGUCAGCUCAUCCGGUUUAUAAUGGUAUUAUGAUUCGGUUGUAUUGUUUGUUGGAAGCGGAAUUCAAAGAGCCCGGGAAAAGUCGGGGGAGAAGAUAUUCCGCAAAAAACGAGGGCAGGGGCUGUUUAUGUCCUCCGGGGCUCUGAAGAGAAAGAAACUGAAGGUCCUCGAAGAAGACCAACAAGGACAAAAAAAAUAGGGGAGAGAGCAUUUCUGAACGCCUUAGGUGUUCUGCGUACGUGUUGGGGACCGAGUUUGAUUUGAUUUGCCGGGGGGUAAAUUUUUAAGUUCUUGCUUGAAAUUUUAAAAAUCUUAUGACGGAUUUAUUUUAGGGGUUUUUAGAGAAUUUGCAAAAAUUUUCGACCGCGUUUUGCAGAAAUAUUUUAAAAACGAGCUCUUAACUGCCAAAAAAAUCUCAUUUUUACUAAUUUUUUGGAGCCAAACAGGCAAAAAAUGCAUAAAUUUUAGUCAUCAUGUUGUAGAUGAUCCAUUUUAUACGCAAAAUUUUUUCAAUGUAUCAACUCCAACCCGGAAAUCCAGCUUUUUUAGAACCUAAACAAACCCCUGUUAUCAAGUAUAAUGUUCCUAACCGCUGUUAUUUAUGUUUUCCUCACCGCUGUUCUAUUCCAGGCCGCCCAAUCGGAGGGGAUCUGAUGGCGACCCGCCCAUCCUACGACCCCUACCUCGACAACCUCCGCAGUCCGCUGAUCAAGGACGAGAGUGACGGCAAGACGUUGCGUCUGCGCUUCGACGUCUCCCAAUACCGGCCGGAGGAGGUCACCGUGAAGACGGUGGACAACCGGCUUCUGGUGCAUGCCAAACAUGAGGAGAAGAGCUCGUCCAGAACCGUCUUCAGAGAGUACAAUCAGGUAAAUUUUUGGGGGGUUUUGUUGUGAAAUAAACAAGAGAGGUACCUCUUAUUAAAAGGCAGAUUUUAAAUUGCAGCAAAUCCCAAAAAAAUUAGCAAAAAUUUCAAAAAAAAAAUCAUUUUUGGGCCAAAAAAUCUCACUUUUUCAUUUUCAAAAACAAAAAUUCUAGCGUCUAAACCACUUUACCACAUGGCUAGCUCAUUUUCUUCACACCCUAACACAUUUCAAACCCCAAUCCUUCUAUUUCUCCAUUCUGCAGCCUGCUGAGCAAUUUUAUACGAUGAAAUCUCCCCCAAUUCUAAAAUUUCCCAAAAAACUUCAAAAAUAACCCCAAAAAAUUUUUCAGGAAUUCAUGUUGCCCCGAGGCACGAACCCUGAACUCAUCAGCAGUACGCUCAGCACCGACGGCGUCCUCACCGUGGAAGCGCCGUUGCCGCAACUGGCCAUUCAGCAGUAA